AACCGAUAUACCCAUUCAAUUAUUGAUAUUAAGCAAGUCUUGACUUGAGCGCAAGCUAUUCCACUGCCAGCCAUCACUACCACCUCUCCCACUCACACCACACCACAUCAAAAUGGGUUUCGGACGAUUCAUCCACUAUGUUGGUGCCUUCUUUCUUUUGGCAGCAACAAUAAUGCUCGUCGUCGUGAGCAUCACAGCUCCUGUGGUUGACCACAUUGCCCUUCUCAAAGUCCGAUCAGGAGGAAAUGGCGUCAAUUUUGGUACAUUUGGUUAUUGCGUUAUGCGAAGCGCUGGCAGUGAUAGAUGCUCAAGCGCUCACAUUGGUUAUGACCCUACCGAUGCUCUCCAAGGCCUCGACCUGUCCGAAAUUGGCGCCGGCACUGCAAAGGCCAUGACCUAUGUAAUGGUUCUGCACCCCAUCGGUGCUGGUCUUUGCUUCAUUUCUUUCCUUCUGGCUCUCGGCGCUGGCAUCUUUGGCUCGCUCAUGUCAACUCUCGUUUCUAUCGCCGCCUUCCUCGUUACCAUCAUUGCUUUGGCUUGUGACUUUGCUGGCUUCUCCAUCAUUCGACGACGAAUCAACCGCGACACCGCUGCUACUGCUAGCUGGUCUGUCGGUAUCUGGCUUGUUCUCGCCGCCGCUAUUCUCUGCCUCAUUGGCACGAUUGCUGUCUUUAUCACAUGCUGCUCUGGCCGUCGCCGCAAGAACCGCGAGCAGAAGAAGAUGGCCGCCUACAGCACCUCUCCCACUCGCUAUUAAACAACACAACCCCCUCAGCAGUAACGCUGAUUACGCUACCAAAUAUUUCCCUUUUCAUCAGAAAGAGAUGGACUAAUUACAAUGUUUGGAAAUACCAAUACCGAAGGUUUUCAUUGAUUGGAAUAUGAGAUCACGAAUUGUCUAUUUAGACGGAGUCUUUAUAGAGACGAUACCAGCGUGGCACAUGUCACAUUGACGAUUUAUUUUUGUUAUUUAUUUAUUUAAACUUAAUACAUAUAACUACAACAUUAUUUCAAUGUUACCUU